AUGUCAGAACUGCGCCGGAUGGCUAUGUGCAAAUGGCUAGGAUUGAUCAUGUUGUCCACGUGGGGUCUUCUUUCUUUGGACUUCAUGUGGGCCACAGGCCAUUCCCGUGAGAAGGUGCUUGCCAGAAAGCAGAGACGACACGUUUUGUACGUGGUCUUGUUCACUGCAGAGCAGGCCAAGGCUCAAGAUGAGAAGGCCCUGCUCCUGAAGCGCGAGCUGCCAGCACUGCCACCAGCAUAUGCUCGGGAUGCGAAGCAGCUGGCUGAUGCCAUCAAGAGCGCGUCCAUCACCACCAUAAGGGUGAAUCGCCGAGGGGACGCCCAAGCAGCUAAGCAAUUAGGAAGACUGGAACAAGAUGUGGCCGGAAAGCUAGGCUCAUACGACAGAGAGUGGUUGACCAUGCAGCUCGAGUUUAAGAAACUCAGUGCAGAUGAUCAGGCAGUGCUUCAGGAGCAUCCGGUGUUCCUUUCCAUGAAGGAGUUGAUUGCCAAGUUGCAGUCUGGUGGGUCUGCAGAUGUGGAUAUCACGUCGUUCCGGUUAGAUCUUUCACGCCAGGCUGCCUCCAUCCUUCAGCUAGUAGAAGCAGCUGGAGUGUUGAAGUAG